UUGUUUGUGGCAUUGUUUUGUUGUUUUUGCUACAGUGCCAUUCUGUUGUUUUAAUGCUAAUAUUUUAUAUGUAAUUCUAUAGACAUAAAUAAUGGACGAUUCUUUUGAGAUUCCAAAUCUUGUGUCUGAUUCAGAUUCGGAUCAUCGUGGUUCUUCUGGUCAUUCGAUGCCGGAAUUUUCAUCUGAAUCUGAAGGUGAAGAAGGUGAAUUUAAUAUGAGUCACCACUUGCAAAAUCCAUCUUUUUUAAGCAAUAAUGCUAUGAUGUCAGAGGAAGUUCAAAACACUGGAGACAAUGUUUUUCAACAGUUGCCACAACAAUCAGGAACAGAUGAUGAGGAUGAUUCAGGAUGGAGUACAGUUGAUGAUUCCUCAACAGAUGCUUCCGACACGUCAGAUUUCGAUGACAGUUUUUCAGUGCCCUCAGAAGAUUCUUCAGUAGCAGAUGAUGAUGAAUUCAGUGUGUUUGAGAUGCUGAGUCAUCAUUUUGAGAUGUUUAGUAAUUCUGCACCAUCAUUUUUUGGUGUUUCUCUACAGAUGUUAUAUGAUAGAAUAAUGGACAGUCUACAAGAAGAGGAGGAGAAAGACUCUCCUACACCACAACAUAUCUUGGAAUCAUUACCAUCUGUAAAAGUCACUAUCGCACAAGUUGCUUCCAGUUUAUCGUGUUGCAUUUGUUUUGGUGAAUACGUUUUAAACGAACAGCUUCUACAAUUACCUUGCACUCAUUUUUAUCAUAACGCAUGUAUCUUAAACUGGCUUAAAAUUAAAUCAACAUGUCCUACUUGUCGGUUAGAUUUAGCAACAGAAAAGUUUUCAAACCAUACUGAAGCGAGCACGAAUUCACCUGCGAAUAACCAACAUGAUUCUGCUGGUUCACUGAACUUUCAAAAUAUACAGGGUAAUUUUAAUACAGAACUUCUGACGAGAACAAUAUCUUCAAGUACAUCAGGGACUACAAACGGUACUGAAGAUCCAACCAGUAACCGAAAUAACGUUGUACAUGAAACGUCACUAUUAUGUGAAAAUGAACUUGAAAAUUUACAGUCCUUUGCUGGAUCCAGUAGUCGGGCUGGGACUUCUGAAACAAGUGAACAAAAAGUGCAUACACCAAGUGGUAGACGUAAAAAUAAUACAAGCAAAGAACCUAAGAGGUUAUCUAGAGAGACAGAAAUAUGGUAACGAGUUGGAAUUAGGUUUACGAGCGUAUAAUUGUCGCAAAACAAGGAGGUGUUUCGUAAAAGAGAAAAUGAGCCAGUCCGUAAAAUGUGUCCAACACAUCCAUUAGCUUAGAUAAUUUCUUCUUUUUUUCGAAUAGAAAUAAUUUAUAGAGACAUUUUUGUGUUGAUAUUUUAUUCUUAAAAAUACGCGAAAAUUUUCAGGCUAUCUGUUUCUCGCUUUGGGAGUUAUAUUGAAAUCUCAAAAAAACCCGUUUGUAAUGACCUCUAUUUAAAAAGUAUUAGGUCAGCCAGUGACAUUUCAGUGACAUUUCCCAACCCACCCUACUGAUUCCACUCAACACAAUAUUUAAGCACAGAAAGACAGUAGGAGGUAGAAAUCAUACCUUUCUGUUGUCAAUUUGUUGCAUAGGUAGAGUGUUGUUUUUAUUGUUUUUUUUUAUUGUAAAAUAACUUUAUUUUGUACGUACACGCAAUUGCACUUUCGAAAAGGUAUUUAUUUAUUGCUUUUUCAAGAGUUAACAUUUUUACUUGAUUGUCAGAAAGAGAAAACAGCAUGGGUCGA